AUGACUAACCCACGAGACAAGAAACUACGAAAACGACGCAGUGUCUUCGGUCUCUGGAUUCCAGCUAAAGUCGUUCCUUUUAGCAACAGAUUCGAUACGUCCCCUACUGAUUCUGCAGUGUCAGACUCUCCUGCGUCAGAUUCCAUCAUUCGUCCCCGCAGAAGUCGAGAUCGUCUGAAGGUCCGCUUGACUCGGAGUGGAUCGAAGAUUCUAUUCUUAUUUGGACUGGGAGGAUCUUCCAACGGUAUCAAGACGAGUGUCGGAUUUGGAUCCUGUGGAGAUAUUUCAAGCCCGGAAGGAGACCAGACCCCAUCAUCCGAAGUUGCAGAAAGAGGCAGCCCCAUCUCUUUGACUAGCGAUGGCUCCCCAGAAAGUGAAUCGCCCGUUGUCGCUCGCUCAAUCGAUGUCCAUCCGCCAGCUACUACCGCUCUCGAUAACCCUGCUGAGAUCCCCGCAGAUCGCCAUAUAUCAACGGCGGAGACUGAUGUACGGACUGGUGAAUGCGAGACACAAAGGCACCUUGCCAAUGAAGAUUCCGGUUGUUUUUUUAUUGGUAGCGAACCAGCAAGCCACCCGAACUCAACGCUAGUUGACAGAUUUUCCCAACGAUUCUCCCACACAUUUGGACACCCAACAGUUAUUCGCCGUGCCCACUUACGAUCAAGACCAAGUAUUCCUUUCCAGGAGUAUUCAACAACAAGCACUCCAGAUAAGUUAGGUGAUGGUGCCGAUGACAGUUCCGACCCCUCCACGGCUCCGAGUAGCAACGAGUCCCCCCUUGUCGGAGUUGCCACCCCGCAGACUCCAGUGACCUCUGAAGAGAAAUCCACCUCAUCAGAAAAGUAUAAUGCGACUUCGGGACGACGAUAUUCGCUGGACUGUGCUUCAGAUAUCAACACUACCGCGGGAAGCAGAUCGCCAACACUCGCACCAUCCAUCUUGACCAUUGAAUCUACCUCAGCGGCCAAGUUAUACCUGGAGCUUUAUUUCAAUUCCAUCUUCCAGAAUGUUGACCCAAGGGCCCAGGCCGAAACCAGAAAAAACUGGCUUCUCCAGGAGAACGGAUAUCUACGCCAAUGUCGAAACUUGAAAACGAAGAUGCGAAGCACCCGAGUCGAAGGAAAGACUUCGAUCGCUGGCUACGAGACCAUCAAGAUACUGGGUAGAGGCAGCUUUGGUGUGGUGCGCCUUGUACGUGAAAAAGACGACAUCAAGAGCGAUGGCGAGGCAGAGCGUACAUCCAGACCAGAGAGAGCUUUGUCCAACCCUAGACCCAGAUCUAUUGGAGCAUUGAGAUCCGCAGCAGACGGAGCCAAAAAUGGCCGGCGGAAGGUGAUGACAGGAGAGAAGAAGGAGGUAUAUGCAAUGAAGGUGAUCAGAAAGCGCGAAAUGAUCAGCAACUCCCAGGAGGGUCACAUUCGAGCGGAGAGAGAUUUCCUUGUUGCAUCCGAAAGGUCUCAAUGGGUGGUUCCGUUGAUAAGCAGCUUUCAAGACAACGCCAACCUUUACCUUGUCAUGGAUUACAUGGUUGGCGGAGACUUUCUUGGGCUGUUGAUCCGCAAAGACAUUCUACGUGAAGAGUGGACCAGAUUUUACGUCGCAGAAAUGAUCUUGUGUAUCGAAGAAGCUCACCGACUCUGUUGGAUUCACCGUGAUAUCAAACCAGACAAUUUCCUCAUUUCCGCCUCCGGUCACUUGAAGAUUUCUGACUUUGGGCUGGCUUUCAACGGACAUUGGUCUCAUGACCAAGUUUACUACCAUAAUCAGCGCUACUCUCUUCUGGGAAGGCUCGGGGUCACUAUCAAAGGCGAUAAAAAAGAUCAGUCUCAGAUGACAGAGAAUGUGGAGAAUUCUCCUGAUCCAAGGCUCCAUGGUCUGGAAGACCCCUCCAGAUACAGCCCGCCAUCAACAGAUUUGUUAGAGUGGCGUAACAGCAAAGAGAGACGAAGGUUCGCAAAGAGCGUGGUAGGAACAAGCCAGUACAUGGCUCCAGAGGUUAUCCGGGGUGAGAUGUACGAUGGGCGAUGUGACUGGUGGAGCCUGGGAGUUAUUAUAUACGAGUGCUUUUAUGGGUUUACCCCAUUUGCCUGUGAGAAUCGCCAUGACACCAAGGUGAAAAUCCUACAACACUCAAGAAGCUUGAAAUUCCCCAGGGAAAAGCCCACCGACAAGAUUGUAUCGCUGGAUGGAAUCGAUCUCAUCAGUCAAAUCCUCCAGGAACGAGAGUUUCGACUGUGUUCCCCGAGAUACCAUGUCAACGACAUAUUGAUCGGCCGGCCUGUCACCUCCAAUUUCUUGUACUCAAUGGACCCUCGAUAUCGACACAUCAACAGCUAUUAUGUGUUCCCGAAUGACGCCGUUGAGAUCAAAGCCCACCCAUUCUUCAGAGGAAUCCAGUGGAACCAACUUCAUUUGACUCAACCGCCAAUGAUUCCCCGCGUCAAGAGUUGGGAAGACACCCGAUAUUUUGAAGAUUGGAAAUCCAGUGGCAACGCCGAAGAGUCCGUAGGGGACAGUGACAAUCAGGAGUCCGAAGAAAAGUCCGAGGACAAACCGAAUGAUUCACUGAUAGAGGCCUCCUCAUCCCAUCAAAUCCACGUGCUGUCUGAUCAACCGGCACCUGAUGUUGACGCUACCACUCCUGCAAAUGUCGACUCUCAAAAGGCGCCGGCGACUAAGAAAAAGAGGGAGAGAAAACGCGCCCGUGACAAGAUAUUGCGAGACAGGAGAGCGGGCAAAACAGCGCUGGAAAUACGCAAGAGGUCUGUCUUUUUGGGGUACACUUAUAGACGACCGAUAGGCCCGGAACUCGCCCUCAGUCCAGAUCGUGGCCGUCAGAGGAUUGGCAGGAGGGAGUUAAUGGACCUUUACGCUUAUUAA